AUGCCACCACAUCUUCACCCGAGGUCCCGAAUGACCUCGUCCUUGUUCGCAACCACGAUGCUUGCCAGUUUCUUCGUGGUCGCUCUCCCCCACGCCCUCCCUUGUCCCGCUCCAAGGAUCACAUACGCCGAUGGGGAAAUAAUAGAGGACGAGAAUGGUAGAAGGAGGCGGAGGAGGAGGGUUCAACAACAAAGCCAGGAGGUCCAAGGCGGAGUUGUGCAGUUCAACAACAUAACCCAGCAAGACUUGGUGGACCACGAAGGAACCAGAAGCAAACGCGAAUGCCCAGUGCCCAAGCCUGGCGGAAAAGUUGGCGAACUCUUGGGUUUCAAGCAAUCCAACAAAUCUCUCAACGCCGACAACAGCACCGAGAACCGCACAUUAUAA